AUGAGGCCGACAAGUCCCAUCCUUCUAUCAUUAUGGAGCCUCAUACACCAUGUCCAAGCAACGGCUGUGUUUGCACACUUUAUGGUUUACAACUCUGAAAACUUCACCCUUUACGAUUGGGAGAUAAAUAUCGCGGAGGCUCAAAAGGCUCACCUAGAUGCAUUUGCGCUCAACCUGGCAUACAACUAUCCAACGAAUAAUCGCUCUCUAGAAAACGCUUUCAAGGCAGCAAACACACUGAACUUCAAACUUCUCUUCUCCUUCGACUAUGUGGGGAAUGGGGCCUGGCCCGAGGGCGAUGUGAUCGCCGUCAUCAACAGAUACAGGGACAACCCAGCAUACUACCAACACAACGGCAAACCCUUCGUCUCAACAUUCGAGGGAUCAUCGAAUGCCACAGAUUGGACCUCGAUCAAAAAGUUUGCCGAUUGCUUCUUCGUGCCAGGCUGGUCAGCCCUCGGAGCAAAAGAGGCGUUGGCAGUUGCUCCGGGCGUACCAGACGGGCUAUUCUCCUGGGCAGCGUGGCCCGAAGGCUCUGAAUCCAUAAACACCUAUAUCGACUCGACAUACAUGCAGUGGCUCAAAGAUGCCGGCAACCUACCAUACAUGAUGCCGGUCUCACCGUGGUUCUACACCAAUCUGCCUGGUUACGGCAAAAAUUGGAUCUGGAAUGGCGAUAAUCUCUGGUAUGAUCGGUGGCAGCAGGUGUUAUCACUGAAGCCAGAGUUUGUGGAGAUCAUCUCUUGGAAUGACUACGGCGAGUCGCACUAUAUCGGGCCUUUGCAUGACGAUGCGUAUGCAACCUUUGAGAUCGGCGGGGCUAGCUACAACUAUGCUGCCAAUUAUCCUCAUGAUGGCUGGCGAGAUUUCCUUCCGUUUGUCAUCGAUCUAUAUAAAACGGGCAAGACGAACGCUCAAUCCGAGGGUGUUACUGCUUGGUUCCGACAGGCACCUGGCAAAGCUUGCAAGAAGGGCGAUACUAUGGGCAAUACGGAAACACAUGGGCAAAAGCUCCUCCCACCAACAGAGGUCAUGCAAGACGAAGUAUUCUACUCCGCUCUACUGCAUUCUGCCAUUGCAGUAGACGUGGCUGUAGAGAUUGGUGGCGUGUCACAGGAAGGGAAGUGGAAGAGUACACCACCUGGUCAGAUUGGGCUUUAUCAUGGCAGUGUGCCAUUUGAUGGGAACACUGGCCAGGUGGUAGUGACAGUCUCACGAAGAGGAAAGACAAUCGCUGAGAUGCGCGGUGCAUCAAUCACAGACUCCUGUGUAGAUGAUAUCCAGAACUGGAACGCCUGGGUUGGAUCUGAGCUCACCAACAACCGAACCAAGAACACAACAACUACGACUCAUGCAAAGCCCACUGCUACAUCCAAAGUCUCUGCUGCUCCUGCCUUAUUCUCUCUGGCAAGACUUCCCUUCACGGUGAUCUUUGUGGCGUUGGUUGCAACUAUGUUGUCCGCGAAUUUCGUGCAGGCAGCGCAAGAACAGUUGAUUUAUACUCCAAUUAUGGAUUCGCCUGAGCUUCACACUGAUCCCACUUACUCAUACAACUUUGCUGGCUCAUCUUUCGAUUCUCAAUUUGCUGCAAGCGACAUCACCGACAGAGAACUUGGCUCAUCUUGGAAUUCGGAAUCGUCCUUCAGGCUACUGUGA